CGUAAGAUCGCUACAAGACCGCAUUCAAGACACGGUAUGGGCACUUCGAGUGGGUUGUUAUGCCUUUUGGACUCACCAACGCCCCGACGACUUUUCAAGCGGCGAUGACCAACGAGUUCCGAGCAAUGUUGGACCGGUUCGUGCUGGUCUACUUGGACGACAUCCUCGUCUAUAGCCGGACCUUGGAGGAACAUCUUGACCAUCUUCGACGAGUGUUGGAGACGCUCCGGCGCGCCAAGUUCAAAGCCAACCGCGACAAGUGCGAGUUCGUACAUCAAGAGUUGAAAUACUUGGGCCACUUCACUCCACAAGGCAUCAGUCCGUUGUCGGACAAGAUUCAAGUCGUCCAAGAUUGGCCGGAGUCACGGAACGUCACGGAUGUCCGAUCAUUCCUUGGCCUCGCCGGCUACUACCAACGCUUCAUCAAAGGCUACUCGAAGAUCGUGGCUCACUUAACCAAGCUUCAAUGCGAGGACCGGCCGUUUGACUUCGGGACGGACGCGCGGGAAUCAUUCUUGGCCCUCAAGGCCGCAUUGCUUUUCGCGGAGGUAUUGCGGAUAUACGACCCACUAUUGCCAACGCGCGUCACCACGGACGCAUCCAGCUAUGGCAUUGGUGCCGUCCUCGAGCAACAUGACGGCGUGGACUGGCACCCGGUCGAAUACUUCAGCAAGAAAGUGUCGGCCGUGCACUCCAUCGAUGAUGCACGCAAGAAGGAACUUCUCGCCUUCGUCCACGCACUCGAGCGGUGGCGGCACUUCCUCCUCGGUCGACGCCAGUUCCGAUGGGCAACGGACAACAAUCCGUUGGUCUUCUACAAGUCUCAAGACACCGUCAACAGCACCAUCGCCCGUUGGAUGGCCUUCAUCGACCAAUUCGACUUCUUUCCCGAUCACAUUCCGGGGAAGUCGAACCGUUUUGCGGAUGCCCUUUCGCGGCGUCCGGACCUCUGCACCGCGGUCUACUCAACCUUCGAGAUCGAGGACGACUUGCGGGACAGCUUCAUCCGCGGCUAUCAAGCCGACCCCGAGUUUCGCGACAAUUCCACGGCGCCCCCGCCACCGGACACUUUGGAGUCAAUCGCACGAUUGGCCAACUACGCGAGCGCUUUUGGUGGCCCGGUCUCCUCGACAACGUCACUCGCUAUUGCGAGUCAUGCGAAGUUUGCCGACGUUGCAAACUUCGCAAUCAUCGUCCGUAUGGCGAACUGCGACCAUUACCGGUCCCCUUGCGGCGAAGGGAAGCGAUUGCCAUGGAUAUCACCGGGCCGUUCCCCAAGCAAGCACAAGACGGGCGUCGAUGGGAUUCUCACGGUGGUUGACCGCCUCACCAAGUUUACCAUGUUCUUGCCUUGUCGCUAUCACGCCAAGGCACCGGAGUUGGCCGAGGUGGUCUACGCCGGUUGGAUUCAAACCAAGGGAUACCCCAAGGAAAUCGUCUGCGACUGCAACACUCGGUUCAUGUCCGAUUUUUGGUUGGCGCUCAUCAAACAAUGGGGCUCAUCCCUCAAGCCAAGUUUGGCUCGCCAUCCCCAAACCGAUGGCCAAACGGAGAGGGCACAUCAGACCGCACAGGUCCUCCUUCGAACUCUCAUCCGUCCCGACCAGAAAGAUUGGGUUGAGCGGCUGCCGGAUGUCGAGUUGGCAUACAACUCGUCCAUCCAUCCGGCUAUCGGGAUGUCUUCCUUUGAGUUCGAGCAUGGCUCGCCGGUCAAUUCUCCGUUGGACACAAUCCUUCCACGGACGGCCGAGAGCGACGACCACCUCCUCUUCAUUCGUCGGAUGCAAGAACUUCUUGUCAAGGCACGUGACCAGAUGGCAAAGACGCAGCAACGUAUGCGCCAACAGGCCAACCGCCAGCGUCUUCCUUGUCCAUUCCGCGCCGGCGACCGCGUAUGGGUUUCUGCUGCGGAAUUCAGCCUCGAACAAGAUAUCUCUCGCAAGCUCCUUCCGAAAUGGAUGGGGCCCUGGCCGAUCGUGGCACCCACUGGGGACGCACCCGAAGGACCUUCGUUCAUCAUUCAGGUGCCCGCCCACUUGCCCGUCAACCCGGUUUUUCACCGUUCCAAGUUGGCCCUCUACACGCCAGCGGAACUUGACGACUUUCCCGGGCGACAAUCGCAAGACCCACCCUCGAUGGACGGUUUCCAAGAGGUUGGCGACAUCAUAUCCCAGCGACGUUACGGCAACAGGCCGACUGAAUUUUUGGUCCACUUCGCAUAUUGCACCCAUAGAGCUGACCGAUGGCUGACUCGUGCGGAACUUCAGGCAACAGCGCCCGAUGCUCUCGCACGCUACGAACAGAAGUUGAAAGGCAAGCCGGCAUCUUCGGCUCCACGAUGCACACGCGUCCAAGCCCUACAACCGGGAGAAGAAAGACGGCUUAUAGCCGAACGUAGAGCCCGUGCUCUAGCAGCAGGACUACAGGAAGCAAACAGAGUAGCAAGAGAACAGGCAACAGCAGCCAGAGCAGCAGCAAUGGCUAACAGCGCAAGCUCUGCUGCGUUAUCGUCUGCGUCCUCGUUAGGGACUAAUGGGACUCAUUUGGGAAUGCCACUAAGUUCCACUAGUUCCAUGGGCACUUCUGGUUCAACAGGUUCUAGACAGUCUUCUAGUCAAAUGGCGGGCUCGCAGUUCAGCCCGUUGACCCCACGUGAGAGGGAGCUCAGGGAGAUCCAACAGGUCGAGAGGCUCCGCCAGAAGUUAGAGGAGGACCUGAAAAAGGCAACCGAUAGAGAAAGAGAGAUAAAAAAUAGAGCAGCCAGGCUUGAUAAUUUAGAGGCUGACAAGGCUGAAUUAGAGGGCUUGGAUGAGUCAGCAUUGACUGACCCACUGAAAGUAUUGAAGAAGAAUAUGUUGUCGCUGCAUGCGCACGUGGACAGCAGAUUAGACUUCAUGCAAAGCACUCUAGACCAGAUCCUGGACGCAUUGACCAGGCCAGGAUUCCGGCCACCAGCACAAUCGCCAUUGCCGUUAUCGGCGAUGUCAGGCCCCUUUCCAGUUCAAGCUGGUACACAACCAAGUGGUACAUCUGCAGCAGUCGCACAGACUGUUGCAUCUUCUUCUUCGGGUCUAGCGGUGGGAGCUACACCACCGCAACAACCUGUUCAACAAUCUGGACAGCCGCAGGGUCAAUGGUAUCCUAAGACCCCAAUGAAACCGCCCCUUGCCUUCUCAGGUGAGGGAAAGGGCGAAGAACUCAACACAUGGUUGAGAACGGUCCCAGUUUGGGUGAAGGCAAAGAGGACCUUGUUGAAGGAUGAAGUGGUAACUGCGGCGUCUUACCUCGAGGGUAAGGCAGCCAAAUGGUUAGAUGGUGUAGUUAUCAAGGCAGGGUAUGGGAGACGCAUGGCGGACUGGGCUAAGUCUCUAACGUUAGACCAGUUCAUGGAAAUGGUAGAAGCUCAAUGGCAUAACCCACAGGAGGCACAAAAGGCCACUGAUGCUAUAAACAAACUGGACCAACGAAAGUUCAAAUCGGUUAGAGAGCUUACGACUACCGUUGAGAGCCUGAUCCUCGUCCCAGGCAUUAACUACAGCAAUCAGUUCCUAUUGACAACAUUUGUCAGAUGUCUCCCAGAGAACAUAAGAAACUUGCUGGCCAGUGAGGCACGCGUCGAGUAUCACUCAUUUGAGACAUUGUAUAGGAAAGCCUUAGAUUUGGAGGCCACGCUAGGCAAUGCUCAACCUACCUCUCAGAAUGACUCGAAAAAGAAGAAGAGUCCCCAGGAGUGGAAGAAGAAGGGGGCGGAGUUGAUGAUGGUUGAGUCCGAUGGGACUCAAACUGAGAUCGACGAACUCUCUGACCUGGUGGACUAUUCAGAGUAUAACGGCGAGGAGGUAGCUGAGGGUAGCACCCUCGCCGCAGUAGUAAAGGCUAAGGCCGGUGGCCGAGGGAAGGGCCAACCAAGGGGUCAAGGGAAGGACGCCUCCAAUCAGACCAAGCAGGCUGAAUGGGUUAAGGCAGGUCUUGAUCAAAACGUGUGGCGUGACCGCCGAACGCGUGGCGCUUGUAUCAACUGCGGAGAGUACGGACACUUGCAGUACAAGUGCCAGAACGCUAAGGAUGGGAAAAAGUUGAGACCGAUUGAGUACAUGAGCAAGAAGAUGCCAUCGAAGAAGUUGGCAAAGUCCACCUAUGAGAGGGAACUCUAUGCUCUGUAUAAAGCACUUGUCCAUUGGAGACACUUCCUUCUAGGAAGGUUCUUCUACUUGAGGAUUGAUCAUCAGACCCUCAAAUGGAUCAAGACGCAACCGACUCUUUCUGACACCCUCAAGCGAUGGAUUGAGGUCAUAGACCAAUAUGACUUCAAGCUUGAGUACCUGAAGGGAGAGUAUAACAAGGUUGUUGAUGCGCUAUCACGUAGAGUAAACUACCUAGGUGCGCUAGUUUCUGACUUUGGCGUAUCUGAAGAAGUAACUCAAUCAUUGGUGGGAGCCUAUCAGGAAGACCCUGUCACGAUGGACAUCAUUCGCAAGCUUCAGGCAAAAGACAAGGCCACAGAAAGCGAGUUUGUGAUGGUGGACGGGUUACUCUAUCUUGAUAAGGCAGGAAUAGAAAGGUUAGUAGUUCCAUCUAGUGAACCCUUGCGUAGUUUAUUUUUAGGUGAAUGUCAUGACGCAACUGGGCACUUUGGCUACAAGAAGACGAGUGCUAACUUAGUACAACGAUUUUGGUGGCCUGGUAUGUUUGAUGACGCAAAGAAGUACGUAGAGACCUGUCAGGUCUGUCAGCGGGAUAAGCCGCGAGCUCAAGCACCGCUUGGGUUGUUGAAGCCUUUGCCUAUUCCUGUUGGUCCGGGACAGAGUGUCUCUACGGAUUUCAUGGACACCCUGGUGACUAGUAAGAGUGGCAAGAGGCAUAUCUUCGUCAUCAUUGACCGAUUCACCAAGUACGCUAGACUAGUGGCUAUGCCAGAGACCGCAAGAACUGACUUCGUCAUCAAGUUGUUCAAAGACAACUGGUAUGAGAAGUUGGAGGUUGUCGAGCAUAUGAAGAAAGCUCAGCAAGCAAUGAUUGCUUCUGAGAAUCAACAUCGCAGACAGUCCACAUUUCAAGUAGGGAAACGAGUUUGGGUCAAGGCUAGUGAGUUAGGACAGGAGUUCGGAAUCUCUCGCAAACUAAUGCCUCAGUAUUUUGGUCCCUGGGAAGUCCUGGAUAUAGUGGGAGAUGAGAUGGAUGGUCCCACGUAUGUCGUUCGUGUCCCUGGACACCUACGCACUCACCCAGUCUUUCAUGCCUCAAAGCUUGCACCUUUCGCUGAGACAGAUCAAUUCCCUUCCAGGAGAUCGAUGCUGCCCCCAACCAUGGAUGGACAAGUGGACAUCGACGACAUUGUGGAUCACAGGGAUAUGCCUAUUCCGAAGCCGUUGGGUCGAGGAAGACCUCCUAAACCCAAGAGAGAGUACCGCGUCAGGUUCAGACAUCAUACGGAUCCGAAAGAAGAUCGAUGGUUUACCAGGGAGGAACUGAUUGAGACAGUUCCUCAGGUGGUGGAAGAAUAUGAGAGGCUACUGAAAGGGAAGGCACCUGCGAAGUAAGCAUCUCAGCGGACUUUCGAAGCUAAGGGGGAUGGAAUGUGAGGAUUGAGCCCUCAAGUAGGGGCCUUGCCAUGAUGUACAUGUUCUAGGCUAAGGCCCCAGCAAGCCUCGUGCCCGCCCUAAGUGAAGGCGGGCCAGCAAAUCAACAAGAGCCCUCUGA